AUGUUAAAUGUUGACGAAGAUGAUGGUAAUGAUGAUUGUGGCGAUAGUGAUAGUGGUGAUAGUGAUGAUGACGAUGAUAUGAACAGGGAACAACCAGCUGUUCCUUCCUGCCUUAACAUUUUCCACUCAACUAGCGAGGAUCGAAAGCGAGGACUGAUUAUGUGCACUGAUUUGACAACUGAUAACGUGAGCUUGACGUCUUUACGGAAACAAUUUAUGGAGCAGAUGUACAUUACACCAAGAACUGGUCCAUCAAAAUUAUCACAGUCCGGUGAUUUGAAGAAAUAA